AUGACUGAGAAAAGAAUUAAACUUAAAUACAAUGACGAAACUUACUGUAUAGGAGCUGCCCCGCACUCAUUAGAAGAGCUAAACAGAUUGGCAAGAUCAGCGAUACCUUCUCUUCAAUCAAUAAGUCAUUUGACAUUUUAUUAUAGCGACCAAGACGGAGAUAACAUAAUCAUCACAACAGCUGAAGGCUUAAUUGAAGCUCUUGAGCAUCACAAUCCUCUUAAACUUUCUAUAAAAAGUGGAACAAAAAUAAGACUACGAGAGCAGCAAAAAUUGAGUGACCCAUCGUUUCAUAUAAGAAGCUGCUAUAAUUGCUUAAAAGCUGUGUUCAGCAUUAUUAUUUCAAAUAGAGUUGUAGGACUUGGCAUUGUUACUAACAAUAGGUUAGCCCUUACUACUUCUAAAGUUCUCCCAACCCCAGAAGUCGCAAAAAACGCUUAUGCAAUGUUCGAUAAGCAAGGCUUCCAAUUUGAUUUUGACCCUUCUCAACUUUGGGCGUGCACAAAUGAUAUCACAUUAGUCAGUUUUUUAGCUCCUUAUUCUUUAUCAGAUUUUCAACCUAUUGGCAUUUCACCUUUUCUUACACCCAAGGAUGGCGAUAAAGUAUAUACGCUAGAUUUGCCUAAAGAAAACGACCCAAAAUCAAGCAUUAAAGUUUUGGAGCUCAAAGAAGUCGUUGGGCCAAAAUUAUUUUAUGAUUCAAGAAGCCCUUGUGGGCCAAGCGGAAGUCCUGUUUUUGACUCAGAAUGAAGAUUGAUUGGAAUACAGACAUCUCAGUGCGAUUUAAGGAACGAAGCAGUUAGAUGUUCAGAGCUUUAUGAUAUGUUUAGACUCCUCCCUAGAACCUCAAUUCUCAGUGAAUUUUUACAACAGAUUCAGCCACAAAGACCUCCUCAAGAAGCCGAGAUUUAUCAAAAUCUCCUCGAAAAUACUCCAUUAGUGCUAGACUCAGUAUAUGGAGUUGUAGCAAGCAAAGACAGCUUUAUACACUUCCAAACAAGCACAAAGCAAACAAACUUUAUCCCUUUAGAGGAAAAGCUAGGAGAUGGGUUUUCGAUAUGCCCACUGCCAUUUGGAGCCUGCAUAUCAGGUGGAAAAGCAGCACCAAGAAGAGCAUGGAUCUACUUUUUAGGCUCAGAAGUCAAUUUUUUCAGAAUUGAUACGCCAGCUCCAUUUUUCACCCACUCCUCAAUCUAUUUAGAUGAUGGCUUUAUCUAUUUUAUUGGGGGAAGAAAUGAUAAUAUUGUGCAAAGAGAAUGCCAUAAAUUUAACGUAAAAGAGAGGAGUUGGGAUAAAAUUGACAGUCUUAGGGCUGGAAGAAGCUAUCCUUCGCUUUGUGAAAUGAACAGAACUCUUUAUGUUUUUGGAGGAGCUGACCAAGUCCACAAUGAAUUAAAUUCGAUUGAAAAAUUAGAGAGGAAUAGGUGAGUGAUAAUGGACAUUAUGAUGCCAGCAGGGCUGCAUGGAGUUUGUGCCUUGCCUGUGGAUGGGGCGAGAGUGCUUAUUUGUGGAGGGAAGUUUGAUAGAACGAAAUCUAACAUGAAGCUCUAUAGGCUAGAUCUUUCUAGGGCAACUUUUUCAGUGCUAACUGCUGGAUCGAAGCUAGGAAUCAUGAGCUGCUGCUAUCCAAGUUUCCAAAGGGAUAAUAUCUAUGUUUAUAAUCAGAAUGGAGAGCUCAUUGAAUACGUGAGCCAAACCGGUGAACUGAAAAAAUAUAAAAAACCUAUAAUAUUCGAUAUUUAA